AGUAUUGAUUCAACAUUUUCCCAUGCAAGGUGCCUGAGUUACCAAAAUGACGACUGCGAGUUUACCAAGAGUUCCCGAGGGACUGCGGGACCUAAUGAAGGUCUAUACCAAGGAGGUGUUACGUGAAAAGCCGGCUGACUUGUAUGGCUUUUCGGCCAGCUUUUUCAACAUGAUUGUCGGUGAAAAAUCACAUCAAUCGGUGCGAAAAUACGAACCGGUACAAACUUACGAAACCAUCAUGAAAAACCGCAUACGUCAGCAAGUUCCUCUGUCCAUGGUGUUUAAUAUAAUACCAGAAAAACUCACCGACCUCAUUAAACAGUUUAUAAAAGCAGUUUUGAGAGAAAAACCGGACAAUAUAUACAUAUUUGCACAGGAGUACUUUCAGCGGAUGUCCAAGGAAAAGUCGGGUCGAAUUGAGUACAGCAAGUACUCGUCCUAUGAAAAGUCAUUGAAGGACAAAGAACACCUAGCUCCUGCAACGAAAGUAACCUGUGAGUGUGGUCGAGUACUGAGUGCGAAUAGAAAGGAUGUGGAAAACACUGCAUCCGUAUAUACAGACAACAAAUUAGCCGAAGCCGAUCAGCGAGAAUUUUCCAGCAGAAUUAGCUACAUACAAUCGGUCGUCAUCAUUCAAAGGCAUUUUCGACGAUAUCUCAACGAGCGGAAAAUAGGUCGCGAUAAGGAUAAAUGCAAUAGCGUGGACUAUGUGGCAGCUAUUCUCCUGAUUCAACGGCAGGUGCGUCGCUAUUUGGCCAAAAAGCGAGUGGCAGAACUUAAAAAUUCACGUGACGCACAAAAAGCCGAUGCUAAACCCAAAGCUGCCGACUAUAUGAAAGCCGUUGUCGUCAUUCAACGACAUUAUCGCAUAUAUUUGAAAAAGAAGCAGGAACAAAAUCGAUUGAAACAUGGCCCAGUAUCCUUAGCAACAGCAGCCAUCAUAAUCCAAAGAGCCUACCGGCGAAUGGUGGCACGACAUAAGGCCAAAAGAACCACAUCCAUCGGGACAGAUCAAGCCGAGGAACUCAAUGACAAUGCCUCCGAGACGGGAUCCUACACAUCCGUUUCCACCGCACUGCUCUCAACGGAAUCCACCGAACUGGGAAUGGCGAACUUCGAGGAACGAGUCCAUCAAAAAAUAAUUCACGAGGACGAAGAAGUGGAGAACAGUAACGUUGAUGCCGGCCUUAGGAAGGAGUAUUUUGCGGAAACCAUUAAGGGCGAACAAAAGUCGAUAAAUUUACGGAAAAGUGAAAUUCUUAGCGGCGCCCUAAUUGAAAGCAUGAUUUGCAAACCUGAUUUGCAAAACAUCAAGGAUUUAAAUAACGAAUCAAAAGAAAUCGAUGUUGAGUUAGAGGUGAACGAGCAUCAACCGGCUAAACUUGAAGAGCACAUUACUGAUGAGAAGAAAACUAUUCAAGAUUCUGAAUCGGAACUUAUAGUUGAUAAUAAAACAAGUCUAGAUCUGGAAACGCUAUCUCAAGUCGAGGUGAAAGCUGAAAAUAAAAGUAAAGACUAUAAGUCGGCAAGCGAGGAUCAAUUAAAAUCGAAUAAAAGCUUGGACGCAGAACAGGAAACUCAUGUGGACUCUAAAGAUAAACCACUUGCAAACGACUUAGAUGAUGCAAUUAAAGCUGAAGACUCAAGCAGUGAUCUUCUUAGAGAAAAUCGCGAAGAAGACAGCGCAUUGCAUAGAAACACUGAGAAAAAAGAAAGUGAAGAUGUACAAGAAAAUAUUGUGGAAUCAGCUAUCGCUUCAUCUAAUAAUGCGAGAAAUGUCGAAAAAGAAGAUGAAAUAAUUCCGCUGCCUAAAAUUCAAAAUUCUAAAAGCCAAUUACAGGAAAUUUCACUUAAAAAUAAAAUUACUCCCACAGUUUCAAUUGAAAUUGAGCAUGUUGAAGACAUUUUGGAAGAUUCAUCCGCAAGUCCCAAUGAUUCUAAAGCUGAUGAUCUAACUGAAGGGAUAUCUGUUACCGAAGAGCCUAAAAGUAUCCCCAACGUAGAAGUAGAUAGCUUGAAAAGCAUUCUUAUUAAUCAUAAUCUAGAAGGUUGUGAGCAAGAAACAUCUGCUGAAACUAUAGUCGACAUAAAUUUUGAAGCAGCUGCAGCAAAGCAAGAUAUAGAUUCAAAUGAGAUGAUACAGUCUUCAGACACACAUGAAAAGAUUAGAGAAAAGAGAAGUAUUGAAUAUGAAGACAAUGUUCAAUUGAAUUCGGAUUCUCAGAAUGUGUUGAUUGCCGAAAGCCCAAUUGAUCAGGAACAACUUAAGAUAAACAAUGACCAGACACUGGAGUUGGAUAGAAAACCGGAAAUAAUACCUAAAGUGGAAGAUGUGCCGAAAACAACACCAAAUACAAAAGAUGAUGAAGUUUCCGGCAGCACUGAAAAAUUAGAGAUGAAUAAAGAAGAGCCAUUAGAUGAAACCGUUGAGUUAUCAAAUCAUGAAAUAACGUUGAGCAAAGUGCUUAAAACUGUAUCGGAAAAUAAACAAGAACGAAUGGAGGAUUUACCAUCUGAAGAUAAAAUUGUUAAAGAUAGUACUUCAAGCUUAGCAGAGGAUUCAAAGAUGCCAGAAGCAAAGAAAGAAUCAAAAUCAAUUGAUGAAUUAGAGACAACGAAAGAGGUCCUUGAAGAUAUAAUACAUUCCGAAACUGAUUUGUCCAAACAAAACAUUAAAGAAAAUGUUGAAGAAACGGAUAAACCUCAAUCUGAUGACUCCCCAAAAGAACUAGAAAACUUAAAGGAUAAAAUAAAAAUGCUGACACAAGAGGAAGUCACUCCAAUAGAACCCGAAAGUUUAGAAACUAAGGGAUUGUUGUCUACAGAUAAAAACGAUAAAAACAGCCUUUUCAGUAAAACUAAUUCCGAAGAAAAUAACAAUGAAUCACAAAAUGUUGAUGACAUUACUGAAAAAACUGAUUUGAAAAACGAAAAACAUUUAUUGGCUUCUCACAUUUCUGUUACAUCCUCAGGAAUAGAUGAUAAUGAUAUUCAGAACACAGCAGCUAGCGCAGAACUCUCUGUUAUUGAUGGUGAUAUAUCAAUUAGGGAAUCUGAAACGAAACAUGUUGAAAAUCGAGAAGAAAUGGCUUCAACCAAUCUGGACUCUGAUCAAGUCGAAAAUAUGAAACUAGAAGGUGAGAUUGGGCAAUUGAAAACUGUAUUUGAACAAUCGGAGGAAAAAACUAGUCCAACCAAAUCGGAGUCUUUGCACGCUGAAGAUCGCAAAAUUUCAGGAAAAUCGAAGGAAUCUUUAGAGGAUGCAGGAGACGAAAACAGAGCUGUUGAAGAAAUUAUUGAUAUCACAGAAAACGACCGGUCAACUUUACUUGAAAACCUGCCUUCAUCAGAAAAAGAAAAUUCAACUUCACUUGAUGAAAACCCCUUACCAGAAAAAGAGUCAACAUCACUUGAUGAAAAACCUUCAUCAGGAACAGAAAAGUCAACAUCACUUGAUGAAAAAUCUUCAUCAGAAAAAGAAAAGUCAACUUCACUUGAUGAAAAACCUUCAUCAGAAAAAGAAAAGUCAACUUCACUUGAUGAAACCCCUUCAUCAGAAAAAGAAAAUUCAACUUCACUUGAUGAAAAACCUUCACCAGAAAAAGAGUCAACAUCACUUGAUGAAAAACCUUCAUCAGGAACAGAAAAGUCAACUUCACUUGAUGAAAAAUCUUCAUCAGAAAAAGAAAAGUCAACUUCACUUGAUGAAAAACCUUCAUCAGAAAAAGAAAAAUCAACAUCACUUAAUGAAAGACCUUCAUCAGAAAAAGAAAAUUCAACUUCACUUGUUGAAAAUCCUUCACCAGAAAAAGAGUCAACAUCACUUGAUGAAAAACCUUCAUCAGGAACAGAAAAGUCAACUUCACUUGAUGAAAACCCUUCAUCAGAAAAAGAAAAAUCAACAUCACUUAAUGAAAGACCUUCAUCAGAAAAAGAAAAUUCAACUUCACAGGAUGAAAAACCUUCAUCAGAAACAGAAAAGUCAACUUCACUUGAUGAAAAACCUUCGUCUGAAAAAGAAAAGUCAACUUCACUUGAUGGAAAACCUUCAUCAGAAAAAGAAAAGUCAACAUCACUUGAUGAAAACCCUUCAUCAGAAAAAGAAAAAUCAACAUCACUUAAUGAAAGACCUUCAUCAGAAAAAGAAAAUUCAACUUCACUUGUUGAAAAUCCUUCACCAGAAAAAGAGUCAACAUCACUUGAUGAAAAACCUUCAUCAGGAACAGAAAAGUCAACAUCACUUGAUGAAAACCCUUCAUCAGAAAAAGAAAAAUCAACAUCACUUAAUGAAAGACCUUCAUCAGAAAAAGAAAAUUCAACUUCACAGGAUGAAAAACCUUCAUCAGAAAAAGAGAAGUCAACUUUACUUGAUAAAAACACCGAUCUUAUGCGAGAUCUUAUACAAGUAUCCCAAAAAGUCGAUGAGGAAAUGUCCAAGGGGAAAGCUGCCAUUGCAGUUGUGGACUUACCUGAUAUAAAUAAGGGCGAAUCUGUUAAUAGCCCGUUAGAAAAGAAACCCAGUUCACAGGAAUUGGAGGACAUACAAGCUGAACUUAGUACCGACAAGGAAACGGGAGAACCAUACAACUUGUCUGCUGAAAAACACAGUGAAUCUGAAACAUCUAAUAAACCUAACAAUACAACAAGCAAAGAGAUCGAAGGCGAAGAUAGUAGAGAUCACACAAAAGUAGAACCAAUAUCUAAAAAAACAAUUGAGACCACUGAUGUUGUGGACGUUGGGCUUAAAGGUAAUGAUGAUCCAUCAAAACCUGGUAAAACCGAAACGGCAGCUACCAAAAGUGUCUCUCCCGAUAUAAAGGAUAAGGAUACUCUGAAGUUAAAGCCCGAUGACGACUCACCCCAAAAAUCCGAAGUAAUUACUGCUGAGUUGCAGCUCAAGUCAUUCAAGACUCCCAACGACGAUGGCGCCUGGUAUGAUAUAUAUGUGGAGCCCAAGAUCACCGCUGAAAGGGAUUUGUUUGUCCCUCCAGCUCCGAUUGAAACCAAAAGACCGAAUUCGGCGAAAGAAGUAGCUUCUGUUGUAGAAGAACCUAUGAUUAUCUCAGAAAGAACUCCAAGCUACUAUACUCCCAAGGAAAUAGUGGAAAGUGUAAAACCAAAACCAAAGAAUUCAGUUUCAUUUUUUGUGUCAUUCGAUUCGGAUGAUGGAAAACCCAAAUACAAGAUACCGAAAAGAUUUCAAAGUCAAUCAAAUAAAAAUGCUCAGAAAGAAGUAAAAGCUAUUGAAGCUACUCAAUCGGAAUCAGAUAUCGAUUCUAACGAGGAGGAAAUUGAAAUUAUUGAAGUUUCAGAAGGCGAUCCUGAAUAUCAGCAAACCGGCGGAACUAAACUACAAACCAUAUUGGAACUCGAUAAUGAAAAUGAGAUGACUUAUGAAUUUAACAGUCAAGGACAAGGCUUAGAACUAAAUCUGAAUGAAAGUAAUGUAGAAAAACCAAAAUCUCCUACAAAUUCAAUUAAUGAAUUUGAGACAGCUUAUAAAACAGACAUUUUGAAUAUCACAAGAUCUGUGGAAAUCAUAGAAAGAGCUUACAAACGGUUCAAGAAUAGGUCUUCUUUAAAAAGUGAGCCUGGCAAUGAAUCAGAUUUCGAAAACCAAAACAGAGCUGCAAUAGUUAUUCAAAAGUGGGUUAGGAAUACCCUUAAGCAGAAAGCUUAUGACACUCAAAAAUCAAAACAAAGUCUUGCUGCAAGAAAAAUUCAAAGAGCAUAUCGAAGAUACGUUGAAAAGGCAAAACAAAGGACUCAAAAACAAGAAAUGGCCGCACUCAUUAUUCAAAAGGCAUUCAUACGAUAUUCUCAUAGGAUCCGCACGGAACCUAAUAAAACUCAAUCUUUAGUUAACAUAGAACUAAAGCAAAAUAAUGCAGCUUUUAAGAUUCAAAGGGCUUAUAGAAGGUAUCUAAAACUACAAUCAGAAAGACAUCAAGAUGCUGGAAUUCCAGUGAAAGAUGAUUCAGUGAGCUUGAUUAACUCGGUAAAAUUACCCACAGAACCUGAAAUAGUGAAUAAAUUAAAUUCUAAUGACGAACAUAAAGUUAAUUUAAUCCCAAUUCACAACCAAAAGGUAGCUGAUUACCCAGAAAUUAUAAAGGAAGUGCAACCUGAAGAGCCUAACGAUGUUCUAAGGGAAGCCGAAACCGAAUCAAAUACAAUUCUUUUGUCUGACUUAACUGAAAAACACAAAGAGACAAAUGAAAUGCAUAAGAAGGGGUCUCAAGAACUAGCAAGUGUUUCUGCAGAAGUUGAAAAGCCCAUGGAUGCAUCGAAAUUGCCAACAGAAAAUCGCCGGGAUGAAAAACAGGUUGUAGAAACAAUUUCACCACCAAUAAAUUUGACACAACUAAGUGCGGAGCCUAAAAGGGUAAAAGAAUUAAAGUCGGAUGGAUUCCAAGAAAUAGAAAACCUUUCAAAUGCCAAUUUUAAUCCAAAGAGUUCGACAAAAUCGCCUGAUGAAAUUGAUUUACAGCCUUUGGAACAGGCACAAAAAUUAGUAGAGAUAGAAAAACCGUCAGAGGAAAUGAAAACUGAACUGACAAAUCUAUCUCAGGCAAGUCCCAAUCAUCCAUUAAAGGAUGAUCUCGUAGAAAAGUCAAAUGCAGCUCUAAUAAUACAAAGAGCGUUCAGACAAUAUAUGGAAAGAAGAAAGUUUGAAAAUUUCGAGGAUAGCUCCAUUGAUUCCAUUACCAGUUCCCGCAUAACGGCCAUAGAGACCGCCAACUAUCCAACUGCAGGAACACCAUCACGAAGUUUAAUUCAGGAAGCUAUCGGAGAUCCAGGAGAUACUUUAGAAGAUACUUCUAAUAUCCAACCAAAGUCCGAGUGGUUUGUGGGGUCAACUCGCAUAAUACCAAGCCAGGGAGUCGUUGAAGGACCUGUUGAGGUGGAAACCAAUCCGGAUCCAGCUACAAUUGCAACCACAAGUAAAGCCGAGCUCACCACCAGCACGCAAGUAGAAUCAGUUGAAACAGUAGAUAGAUCGCAUGGCUCGCUUGAAUCUAAAUUAAAUCCUGGUACUAUAAUCGAUGACUGUCUAGGCGAUGCAUCCGAAAAGGAUAAUGCAAUCUCUUCUGGUUUAGCAGGUUUAGCGAAAGCUUCUGAAGCUCUGUUCGAUUCAGUUGAGGAUCCCCUUCUCCUAUCGCAAUCUGAUUUUGGCGGGCUCGUACAGUCUCUGGACAUCGCCUCAACUCAAGAACUGCUCAAUGAUUUUCUGCAAAAUGAGAUUGAAUAUUCUUCUAGACUAGGACCGUUUCCAAGUGCGAAACUUCUUGAAGAAGUUAUUGAGGAACCUUGUAUAAAAAGAUCCGCUUCACUGGUUAAUGUUUCCGAAUGUGAAUCAGAAUCGGAUAAUGCUAGUCAAAAAGUCGAGAAUACAGAUUCUUCUAUAUCUGAAACUGCGGGCCUGGACACACUAUCUGCAGAUACAAUAGAUAAGGCAACUGUUAAGUUAUCCAAGCCAGAAGAAGUAAUUGAAAAAAUGUCCCAGCUUCGUGACUCAAAGUCCUACGAAAGGAUUUCUUCAACAGAUCCCAGUUUCGAUGAGCCCGUGAUCCGGCCAAUUAGUUCUCUGCAGGAGCAAUCCAGCCUGGACAUCGAGGAUGGAGAUAUCAUCGUAUACAACCGGCUGCAGAGGGAUGAAACUAGAGAGAGCUCUGCUCAAAGCGAUUCCGUGGUCUUUGGUGAUGCAGUAUCCGAAAAUAACCAAGAGAAGGAGUUGCUCAAUGAGGAGGAGUCCGGAAGGGUGCAUUUGAUGAGACACUACACCAUCGCAGGAGAUGAUCCGCGAGGACUAUUCAGAUCUGUGACCAUCGAUGAUGCUCUGAGUUAUAUGGAAAACGGAGCUAAUGGUAUGGGUGCGAGUAGUUUUUGUUUGGACGACGAGACUUCGGAGAACAUUCGAAAAAAGAUGAUGGCCUACUCGUUGUCUGAAACGGAUUCCGAUUACUUUGAUCCGAAAAAGGUCAGCAGCGAGGACUUUGACGUAGACACGGCCAUGGCGGAUGCCAUGGGGACAUCCACUGAAACGGAAUCCACAAUUGUUUCGGCGGCCACGAAGAUCCAGGCCGGAGCUCGUGGCUUCCUUACCAGGCGAAGAUUGCGGCGGGCCAGUGCUGGCACCAAGUCAUCCACUUUGGACACCAAGGCAUCCUUUGGCAACGAUGCGAUCAGUGAGUCCUUGGAACGAUUCAUCGAGGAGGAGGCCGCCAAGAAGAUACAAACCGCAUAUCGGAUGCACACACGAAAGCGAAAGGGUCAUAGCCGGAAAAUGGAAGGCAUCAGCUUGGAGAGCAAUCUGGCCGCCAGGCGCCAGAAGUUGCAGCGCGGGGAUGCACUUCGUAAUGAUUCCACUCCGGAUGAUGAAAACAGUUUGCUAGUCAGUGGGGUCAAAGCACACAAAAAUGCAAAAACCCAGAGAAGCAAGACCGUUGGCGAGGCGAAGUCCAGCGCUGACAUGGAAUUGAGGUGGCUGAAAAUGAGGCAGAAUUCCAUGCCAGUGCAAAUCGAUUGCGAAGUUUUCAGAGUAAUCCCCAAACAUAUGCGAAAACGCAUCAAAAGCGCCGAGGCGAACAAAAGAAAAUAAAUUAUACGACGUAUAAGUAUAAACGCUGAAUUAUAUCUAAAUAAAAUAUAUGUAUUAAUCUGAAAUGUU